AUGGCACUACAGACCUAUAACCCUAGUACGGUGACUGUUGGUUUGAGCAUAUCUAAAGACAGAAACCAGGUUUCUGCGGGGCUUCUGUGGAGUGAAGGAGCUUCACUGAGGAAAACCAAGUGUGAUCUGAAGAAGGCUGUGUGCUCCACUUCACUUCUUAAUAAGAAGCAAGAAGAUGACGGAAGUCUGAUCAUCUAUGAAUGGCUGUUAGGUGCUCUGCUGCUGGUUUCCAGUGUGGGUAUCCUGCUCCCAGGUGUGGGCAGCUGCCCCAAGAAAUGUUUGUGUCACCCAUCUUCAAACUCUGUGGACUGCAGUGGCCAGGGGCUGUCAACGAUCCCCCCUGAACUACCCCCAUGGACGGUAACGCUGCUCUUACAGGAUAACCGGAUCCACUGGCUUCCUGCUCUUGCAUUUAAGUCUGUAUCACUGCUCACCACCUUAAAUUUAUCUAACAACUCUCUUUCAAAUCUGGCUGCAGAGGCUUUCUAUGGACUUGCCCACUUGCAGGUUUUAAACGUAACCCAGAAUUCCCUGCUUUCUAUAGAAAGCAGUUUUGCCCAAGUCAUGCCUGGGCUCAGGGAGCUUGAUCUAUCAUCCAACAGCCUCAGUGUCCUCCCCACAUCUCUGGGCAAGCCUUGGGAGAACCUAACCAUGUUUGCCGUGCAACAGAACCAUCUUCUACAUCUGGAUCGUGAACUUCUAGAGGCCAUGCCCAAGCUGAGGCUGGUACUUCUUAAGGGCAACCCUUGGAAAUGUGACUGCCACUUACUGGGUCUGAAACUCUGGCUGGAGAGGUUCAUUUUUGAAGGGGGAGAAACAGACGGUGCCAUCUGCAGGCUGCCUGAACCCUGGAAGGGAAAGGAUCUCCUCUCCAUUCCUCACGAACUAUACAAACCCUGUCCUCUACGUCAUCAGAAUUUGGUACCCUCACUAGUUCAGCAGCCUGGUUCUGUUCCGCAAGAUGCCCAGAAAUCUCCUGAGAAUAACUCAGGUCAGCAUGAUCCCUUGGAGUGUGAGAACAGACCCAAACCAAAGCCAACCAACCUGCGCCAUGCUGUGGCCACUGUGGUCAUCACUGGGGUGGUGUGUGGGAUCGUUUGUCUCAUGAUGCUGGCAGCUGCGAUCUAUGGAUGUACCUACGCGGCUAUCACAGCCCAAUACCAAGGGAGACCCUUGGCACCAACCAGGAAGUCUGAGAAGAUGGGAAGCGAGGAACCAAUGGAUAGUUCACCAGCCUGAGAGCCUUCACGUCCAAGGCCCCCUUGAUCACUGAGGGCCAGAAGACAUGACUGAGUGUGCUUGAUGUGUUCAUUCCUCCUGACCCAUGUUUCGUCUUCCAAACCAUCUAAGGAAAAAAAAACUGUGUCCAAAAAAUAAAACAAAAAGUACUCAGUGGGAAGAAAUUUAUGCCACAACUUUUAACUACCAUAGAUAAAAUAGAGACACUUCUAUCUUGCAACGUGCGUAUCUUGAAGAUAUGGCAAGAAGUCUAUGGGUGGGAACAUAAAGGAGAAUGGGGCCAUCUCUUUUGUACUUGUCUCUGGAUUAAGCUGCUUCUGCAAAGCAACAAGAAUUCUGCCAUGUGUGUCAAUAGGCAUUUUUAGGAGUUCUAGGGCCACCAGUUGGAGAGCCUGGAAUAGGUUGGUGUGCUUGCCUGACCCGUACUGGAUGCCUCUAUAAUCAGUUCAUACCAGAUUGGUGGGACUUUUAUAUGCUGUGUAUGUUACAUAUUUAGUGGAAAUGUCUGUUGCUUGGGAAUUUCAUAGCUGGACACAAGAGUCAGAUUAUAUUUAAUUUUUCUAAGUCAGAAAACCAUUUGGGGCUCUCUAAGCUACAGGGGAAGACAAAGGUUCCAUGUCUGGAUAAUGGGACUCAGGCCUAGAGCCUGGGCAAUGUUCUGAUGUGAAGGGAGACAGAGAGAAUGGAAACUAGAAUACAGGACAGAUAUUAUCAAGAGGCCAUAACCGACCAACUGGAACCUUACCCUAGAACUCUCACGACAGGGAUGGAUUUAGGUUAGGCUGAACAGCAGCUGUGUCUCUGCGUCUGCAUACGCAGUGCACAGAGGGCAUGGGUUUGUACAGCCACACCCACACAUAAACACCCUCGGAGCAAUCAGCCUACACACUAAUGAAAUGCAGCCAUGACGGGUGGGAGCCAGUAGCUGUUGAUCACUGCCCAGAUUGUAUGCUCAACACUCUGGGAUAGGAAAU